UUUGCUUUCCACAGUAUAUAAACAAGCCAUUUGAUACCACCUUAUUAACUCUCUUUGUUUCACAAUAUAGACCGACAUAAUUCAACUUACUUUGGCGUUUUUUCAUAUUUGGAAGGAAGAUGGGGAUGGUCAUAAGUUUCAUGGCAAGAGGAUCAUCAUCAACAAAUAUGGAUGCCUCGAUUGGAACACAUUACGAGAAGCUCAUAAAUAUCAAAGAAUUUGAGGAAUUCCACAAGAUUAUUCUUGAUAUCUUCAACAUCUUCAAUGCAUCAUUACCCGGUGGCCGUUAUGAAGUUCCAGGGCGGAAAAAAGAAUGUUUUACUAAAUGGAAUAGCACCGAGGACGAGUCAAAAAAGAAGGAACUGCUCACUGAUUUGGUGAACGUCAGCAAGUUGGAUCAAUGCACCUUGAUCACCGGAUUGGUAACACCUCCGGUAGCCAUGGCAGCAAAGAAAGCAGGCGAGCGCGUGCCCCAGCUGAGAUUGAUCAAGUCCAUCCCUGACGUUGCCUUUGUACCCUCUGCCACCGUGGUGGCCCUUGUCACGGCCAAGUUUGUUAGGAGGAUCUUCCAGGGAAAUGUAGCAUCAAGUCCAUCCCAGACGUUGCCUUCGUACCCUCAGCCCUGGGACGAGGCUACUGCACCUUGGGAUGCUGUGCCUUCUUAUAAUGCUGCUCAGCCAAGUUCUUCAUGGGGAUCUUCCAGGGAAAAUGUAGCAUCAUGAAUGCAAUCUUCAUCCCAUAGGUGUGGAAAUGAUUGUCAAGUUCUCAAUACAAAACAACAUAAUAAAGUUGCCAAACAAAAAUACAAUAACAUAUCCAUGAGAUGAUAUAAGUAAUUGUGUGUGAAGUUUGUGUUUGCGUGUGUGUGUAUAUAUAUGUAUGUAGAGAGCGAUUUCAAU